CUGCAUAGAAAGAACUGUCAUGCGUUGCUACGACGUGAGUUUAGAAGCCGCGUAAAUAUGGCCGCGGUAAUAAUCUGUGGUUAAUAUUGUCCAACGUAAUGAGUAUGCGUGAUGUUCAUGAUUGCUUUAGUUGGCGAACGGUGAUGAGAUCAAUGUGUCAUCAAUUAAGAUGAGCGAAAGGAAGUUUACCCGCGGCCUGGGUAAACCGGGUAUGGCCGCUCAAUUACGAGAGACUGUCUCUCAGGUAGUACGUGAAAGUACGGUACAGAAUAAACCACAUUUAGUAGAACCUAUAGAUUUUGAAAGUUUUGUAUUAAAGAAUAAAACUUUAUUACAAAAUGAUCCUCAGAGAGAGCUUCUAUUAUAUCCUCAAGAUGAUGUUUCACAAGUGGUAUUACCUAGAAGAUACCGUACUCUUGUACCAACUGUAUCACAAACUUCAGAUAAUGAGGAAGGAGGAGAAAAUCUUCUUACAAAAGAAUGUUUACGAAGUUAUACAUCUAAUUGGAAUCUCAUACAUUAUAAAUAUUCAGCAUAUAGUGGAACUUAUCUUGAAUUACCUAAAAUAGCAAAAAUAGAAGAUCUGAAAGAUGAAGUGUAUGAAAUAGAUACAGAAGUAGAUCAGGUUGAUGAGGAAUUAACAAAGAAUAAUGGAAUAACAAAAGAAGGUUAUUUAAUGAAAGGACCAGAAAUUGGUAGCAGUGAUCGUAUGUUUGCAAAUAUUGGUUCAAAAUCAUUCAAAAGAAGGUUUUGUCAUCUUAGACAAGAAGUUGAUGGCACAUAUAUUCUUGAACUUUUUAAAGAUGAAAAAAAAGGUGAAGCCAAAUUGACAAUAGUAAUGGAUUUUUGUACUGAAGUUGUUAGGAAUUCAAAACGUGGAAGAUAUUGUUUUGAAUUAAGAAUGAGCGGGACUCAUAAAUCAUAUACUUUAGCAGCAGAUAAUGAAACAGAUAUGCAGGAUUGGUUACUAAAAUUGAGCUCAGUAUUACAACAUUAUAAACAACAAGAAGAAAAACGUGCUGCUUCAUUAGAAAGAGCAUGUAAUACACCUCCUCCUUCUCCACAACCUAUGCAGGUUUAUGGAACACUCAAAGGCUUGGAGCAAAGUAUGAAUCCACAAUUAAUAAAAUAUUCUAGGGAAACGGAUACUAGUAUAGCAUUAGCGAGACGAGAAAAUCGUAAACAAUUAUUUAAUAUUUAUCCUCAUAUACCACAUAUUAAACAACAGUUGGGAAAUUGUAAUGAACAAAAUAUUGAUCCAUACAAAGAACAAUUUGGACAAAGAAUUUUUGUAAAAUGUGAAAGUCUUAAAUUCAGAUUACAAGCACCAAUAGAUGAAAAGGAAUCAUUAUGUCAAGUGGAACCUUAUCAAACUACAUUAAGCCUUUAUGAUGCAAGAAAUGGUAGAAAACUAACUGAAAAUUUUCAUUUUGAUAUUAAUCAUGAAGUUAUUCAAGAAAUGAUAAAAGAAUUAAGUCCUGUAGGUAUCAUGACGGAAUCUACAGAAAAUGUUAAACUACCAAAUGACUUGAAAAAUAUACCGUUAGAUUGGAUUAAAUAUCCAAAACAGGCCAUAUUUAGUAUUAGUAAUCCUCAUCCUGAUAUAUUUUUGGUUGUAAGAAUAGAUAAAAUAUUACAAGGAAAUAUAUGUCAAACUUCUGAACCAUAUUUAAGGGCUACAAAAGAUCCACGAUUAGGUUUAAAAGUACAUAAACAAGUUAGAGCAUGUUGCCAAAGAUUGGGAAAUUAUAGAAUGCCAUUUGCUUGGGCUGCUAGGCCAUUAUUUAGAUUAUAUAGUAAUGAAUUAGAUACAUCAUCAGAUUUUCCUGCAAUAUAUAGGCAAGAAGGGAAUAAAAUAAAAGAUGAAGAACUACUCAAACUUCUUUCAGAGUAUAGAAAGCCUGAGAAACUUAGUAAAUUGACUGUGAUACCUGGUUGGUUAAAAAUAAAAAUUGAGUCAAUUACAGAUUUAUCUGAUAAUACAUUAUCUACAUCUUUAGCACCUUUAAAACCAUUUCCAUUACCACCAAUAUCUGAACCUACUUUUGAAAUUGCAGAAUUUGAAAAUAUUUCAGAAAAAGAUGUUCAUCCAUAUACAACUUAUAUUAAUCAUCUUUAUGUAUAUCCACAAACUCUUUGCUUUGAUACACAAAAAAUAUUCACGAGAGCUAGAAACAUUGCUUGCAUUAUUGAAUUACGAGAUGAUGAUAGUGAAAAUACUACACCUUUAAGAUGUAUAUAUGGAAGACCCGGUACUCCACUUUUGUGCUUACGAGCGUCUUGUGCAGUUUUACAUCAUAAUGCAAUUCCUUCUUGGUACGAAGAAAUUAAGAUACGGUUACCACCGAAACUUCAUGCAAAGCAUCAUUUACUUUUCUCCUUUUAUCAUAUAAGUUGUGAUAUGAAUAAGAAAAAAGAAAAUGGUGUUGAAAAUUGUGUUGGUUAUGCUUGGUCUCCCUUGUUACAUAAAGGAAGAUUAAAUGUAGAUAUGGAUAUGAAUGUACAAACACUACCUGUAGCGACACAUUUGCCACCAGGUUAUCUUUCAAUACAACCUCUUGGGUUAGGCAAAGGGAAUGCCGGACCGGAAAUUAUAUGGGUUGAUUCCCAACGGCCAGUAUUUACAGUAGCAUUUCAGUUGAUUUCAACAGUAUUUACUCGUGAUGUACAUUUGCAUAAUUUAUUUGCUCACAUGGAACGUAUCCUAGAUACAAAAUUAGGAGCAGUACCAGCAGAUUCGGAAACGUGCAAAAUAUUGAAAGCUGCUCAUGCUGUACAGUUAGUUACUGUUAUUACAUUUCUUCCUACUAUUUUAAAUCAAUUAUUUACUUUAUUAAUUUCUACAACAAAUGAAGAAGUUGGUUUAUAUAUCAUAAGAGUUUUAAUACAUUUUAUAAAUAUGGUACAUGAAGCUGGUAGAAAAGAAACACUUCAAGCUUAUAUCAAGUUUGUUUUUGUACCACCUUCUCAAGGAAACUAUAUUUUAACAGUUCAUGAACAAUUAGGAAAACAUCUUCCUACAUUAUUGCAACUAAGCAAUACUGAUUUUUUAGUAGUAAAUAAAUUUAUGCAUCACUCUAGUUUUUUUUUUGAGAUAAUGAUUAAAAGUAUGGCACAGCAUUUGUUAUCAACAGGAAGAAUAAAAAUGCAUAGAAACGAAAGAUUUUCUAAAGAAUAUCAUGAAAAAAUUCGAAGUUUAGUGGAAGUUAUUAUGCCUUAUCUUAUGAAUAAAUAUAAAGAAAUGCCAGUUGAAACUCAUGAAUUGAAUAAAAGUCUUGCACAAUUCUUAAAGAGAUGUCUUACAUUUAUGGAUCGUGGAUUUGUUUUCUAUUUAAUAAAUUUAUAUAUGGAUAAUUUCUCUCCUGGUGAUCAACGUACAUUACAUGAUUUUAAAUUUACAUUUUUACAAAUAAUCUGUUCACAUGAACAUUAUAUAUCAUUCAACUUACCAAUGAUGCAAUCACGAAUUACUUCUAGAGAAGAUACAGAGAGUGAUCCAGAAUGUGAUGAUUUAAUAAGUGAAUAUUGUUUAUCUGAAGAUUUUUGCAAACAUCAUUUCUUAGUUGGACUUUUAAUGCAAGAAGUUAGAACAUCUUUAAAUGAAAUUUUGCAAAUUCGUAAAGUAGCAAUAGCUACAUUGAGAGAUUUAAUGGCAAAGCAUGAACUUGAUGAAAGAUAUCAAAAUAAGGGUCAAUUAAGUAGAAUAGCAUCCAUUUAUAUACCAUGGUUAGGUAUUGUACUAGAAAAUCUACAUCGAUUACAAUCUAUACAUGACAACAGUAAAACAGAAAUUAAACAAAAUGGUGCCAAUAGAAUAUCUACUAGUAGUUCAUUUUUGGCAAAUAAAGAUACUGCAAGUAAUGUUACAACUACUGGAACUCCAAAAUCAAUUCAUAGGCUUACAUUACAUUUGGAGACUCAAUCUCCGAUAAGAGCAUCUAUGCAUCUACGAGAUUCUACAUACUUCGCAGCCAUAGCAGGUCAAGGUUUAGUUAAUGGAUAUUCUUGUACUAGUAUAGAAUCAGAUACAUCAACAAUAUCUGGUGCUUCUCAAUCUAAUAUAUCUCAAGAAACUACUAUUAUUCGUGAACCAAUUGAAAAUGGUACUGGCGAAAAGAAAAGACAUUCUCGUUCUUUAAGUGUUACUCAAUCAUCACCUAGAUGCGAUAAAUUGCAGUCAUCAGAAGUUAAAGAUAUUUUACUUUGUUUUUUAUUUGUGAUAAAAUAUUUGGGUGACCAUCAAGUUAUUGCUUGGUGGCAACAAUGCAGUGAUUGUGAAAUUUUAAGUUUUUUUACAAUAAUAGAAAUGAGCCUUCAUCAUUUUAAAUAUAUUGGUAAAAGACAAAUAACUACAAAUAUGGUAAAUAAUUCUGGAAAGCCUCGAACAGUGAAAGCAAUGACAUUACCAGCUAGAAUGGCACCUCCUGAUUUUUCUAAUGAAGGUCCUACUACUAGUACUUUACAACCACAUAAUACUACUGUAAGAGAAAAUCUUGUUGAAAAUGAUAGUGGAAAGAUGCAUCAAGUUUUAUUAGAAGCGAAUAUGGCAACAGAAGUUGGUCUCAUUGCAUUGGAUUGUUUAGGAUUAUUUUGUAUUCAUUUUAAGGAUGUACUUUUAGCAACAGAUGGUGACAAUCCCAUUAUGCAAAAAGUAUUUAACAUAUACUUAUCAUUUUUGCAAGUUGGACAGUCUGAAACUUUAUUACGUCACGUUUUUGCUAGUUUCAGAGCUUUUUUGAAUAAUUAUUCUAUAAUUCUAUUUCAAGGCAAUGCAAUUUUAUGUGGUCGUUUAUGUUAUGAAUUAUUGCGUUGUUGUAAUAGUAAGUUAAGUUCUAUCAGGCAGGAAUCCUGUGCUUUACUUUAUCUUCUUAUGAGAAGCAAUUUUGAAUUCACUAGUAGAAAAGGAUUAACUAGAGUUCAUUUACAAGUAAUAAUAUCUGUUUCUCAAAUGCUUGGAAAUGUUAUUGGAUUAAAUAAUUCAAGAUUUCAAGAAUCAUUAUCAUUAAUAAAUAGUUAUGCUUCAUCCGAUAAAGUGAUGAAAGGCACUGGUUUUCCAGUUGAAGUUAAAGAUCUUAAUAAAAGAAUUAGAACGGUUUUAAUGGCCACAGCUCAAAUGAGAGAACAUAACAAUGAUCCUGAAAUGUUAGUAGAUUUACAACAUAGUUUAGCUAAUUCUUAUGCUAGUACACCUGAACUCAGACAUACAUGGUUAGAAACCAUGGCUAGAAAUCAUGCAAGAGAUGGAAAUUUUUCAGAGGCUGCUUUUUGUCAAUUACAUAUUGCUGCACUAAUAGCUGAAUAUUUGAAAUUAAGAAAAGUUCAUACAUGGGGAGCAGAAGCCUUUGAUAAAAUUUCUAAAAAUAUUUCUAGAGAUGAAUGCAGUCUUAAACUUGAUGCUGGUGAGAUUUGUGUACAAGAUAUUCAUUACAAUGAAUGCAUACUUCUUGAACAAUUGGAAAUUUGUGCUGAGAUGUUGGAAAAAGCAGAACGUUUUGAACUUCUCGGACAUUUAUACAGAUUAAUAGUUCCUAUGUAUGAAGAGAAACGAAAUUAUGAAGCGUUAGCAAAUUGUUAUUCUCACUUGGCACAAGCAUGUAAUAAAAUUGUUGAAGUUACAAAAUCCGGAAAAAGACUUCUUGGAAGAUUUUAUAGAGUUGCAUUUUUUGGUUCAGCAUAUUUUGAGGAUGAAAAUGGACAAGAAUAUAUUUAUAAAGAACCUAAAGUUACAUCUUUAUCAGAAAUUUCAGAACGUCUUCAUCAUUUAUAUUCCGAAAAAUUUGGUUCGGAAAAUGUUAAAAUGAUAAUGGAUUCUAUACCUAUUGAUAUAACUGAAUUAGAUCCAAAAAUAGCGUAUAUUCAAGUGACGCAUGUCACACCUUAUUUUGAAAAAUAUGAAUUAGAAAUACGACAAACAGAAUUUGAGCAGAAUCAUAAUGUAUUAUGUUUUAUGUUUGAAACUCCAUUUACUAAAGAAGGAAAACCAAGAGGUAGUCCAGAAGAGCAAUGGAAACGUAGAACAAUUCUUACAACACAAUAUUCUUUCCCAUAUAUUAAAAAACGUAUUUUAGUAGUUGAGAAACGAAUAAUGGAACUGAGUCCAAUUGAAGUUGCUUUAGAUGAAAUGCGACAACGUGUUCAAGAAUUAGAAGAUGUAGCUCUUAUAGGCCCAACAGAUGUAAAAAAAUUACAAUUAAGAUUACAAGGAAGUAUAUGUGUUACUGUCAAUGCUGGACCACUUGCAUAUGCUUCUGCAUUUUUGGAUCCUGCUUUAUCUCCACAAUAUCCAGACGAUAAAGUUGAAGAAUUAAAAGAUAUCUUCAGAGAAUUUGUUAAAAUAUGUUACACAGCUCUUCAAAUAAAUAGCAAACUAAUUACAUCUGAUCAACAUGAAUAUCAAGAAGUAUUACGUGAAAAUUAUCAAAAACUUUGUCAAAAUUUAUCUUCACUACUUGGAGAAUCUAUUUGGCCUGAUGAACAAAUUGGAAAUUUUAAACGUAACAGCGCUGCUUUAUUUAGUGCUAUCAGUGGUGCUAAUAAUCAUACAAAUACAAGUUAAAAUAAAAAACUAUUAAAAUGAAAUCAUCUGCAAUUAAAUUAGCUUUAUUUUUUAUGCAUUUUUUUGUAUAAGUGAAUGGUACAAAUUGGGUUUUAAUUAUAUUAACCCAUGAUUAAUUUGCAUACACUAAAACAAAUUCGUUAUAAAUAAUGAAUAAAUGAAUGUCAUUAUAAUCGUAAGUAAGAUUAUUAUUAUAUAUUUACUUAAAUUUUUUAAUUUUUUAUAAUCAAAUUUAUUUUUUUUUUUAUACAUUGCUGAUAUAUCAUGAUAUAUUAUUAAUUUUAUUUUUUUUUUUCAAAUUUUAAAUAAGAAAUAACUAAGGUUUUUUUAUUUUUUUUUUUAAUAGAACAAAAGAAUAUAAAAAUAUUCUAAAAUAUUAUUAAAAACAUUUAAUUUAAAAAAUAUUUUAAAAUGAUAUAUAUUGCUCUCUUUAAUUAGUAUAAAAAUAUUACUCGAGGCCUAUUUCUUAAAAUUAAUUCACUGCCAUUAAUAUAUUUAAUAUAUAUUCUGUCUUUUUUAGAUAAUUGUGUCAAUUGAAAUUUUAUAUAUAGACAGAAACGAUAAAAUGCAAAAAAAAUACUAUUCAGAUAUUUUAUUUCUAUGAAAGAUAUACAUAUUAAAAUUUUCCUAGUUGCAAGAUUUAUAAUAAUCUAUAUUGAUAUAUAAUUAAGAAUAUUAUAUAUAUAUAUUUAUUAUUAUACAUUUAAAUCUAGUUAAAUGUAGUAUAUUUUGGUGUCAAGCACCUAAAGGGGCAUUUAUACAUAUACAGAAUGUUAUUAAAUAUAUCUUUGGAGAAUAGAUUCUAAACACUAAAAAAAUGUGAAAGUUGAUAAAAAUAUAAAAUAUAAAAAUUUAAUAUGAUAUCAUAUGAUAAUGAUUCAAUAUGAUUCAAUUAAUCAAUAUCGUUUAUAAAUCACUUAAAAAAAUAAACUUCAAUAUUUUUAAAAAUCAAGUUUUAUAUUUGUCCUGGUAUACAGAAUCGAUUUUUCAAAGAUAUUCUACUAGUAUUUAAUAGCAUUCUGUAUAUGUACAUAUUUUGUAAGAAUUCAAUGAUUUGUAUAUUAAAAUAUGUUAAAUGUGUAGAGUUUAAUUUGUAUAUAUUUGUAUAAUUUAUUCUAUAUAUAUAUAUAUAUAUAUAUAUAUAUACAUACAUACAUAUAUAUAUAUAUAUAUAUAUAUGUAUUAUGUAAAGAAGAUGGAGCUAGCAAUUUUAUAUUUAUUCAAUUAUUAUUAAUUGAAAGAGGAGAUUAUAAUAUAAUCUGUUACACGUGCGCAUAUGCACAUAUCAGAAAUGUGAACAAAUUUUAAUAUUUAAACUUUCGUAUAAUUUUUUUUAUAAAUUAUAUUUUAUAAAAAAUUAAAUUAAAAAUAAAAAAACAAGGUUUUACACAGUAGAUUAUUUAAAUUCAUGUAAAAUAUUUAUAUCUCCUCAUUUUAAUUAAUAAAAUUUUAUGGACUAUGUACUUAACAAGAAAAUCUUUUUAAUAAUUAAAUUUUUGUUUUAUAUUGUACGCAUAUCUUCUUUAUAUAAUUUUCUUGUGAUAAAUUUCUAACAGGGAGUAAUAUUUUAUCAUAUUUACAUAUUAACUUGAUAUGAUUUUUUUUAAAAAUGUAAAUAAGAAUACAAAUAUUUGAAUUUUUACAACAUAUAUAAAAUAUAGAAUUAAAUAUUUAAUAUUUCAUAAAAUUGAAUAGCUUAUUAUUUUUAUUACAUACAAAAUAUCAUAUUAGUAGAAAAAAUUUUGUUUUAUGCAGAUUUUAUUUUUUAUUUAAUGAAAUUUCGCUGAACAUUACAUGUAUAAAGCAAUGCCAAUGUUAAUUAUGUUAUAGAUAUUAUUCGAAAAAAUUUUUGGAAAAUUUAUGUAUUAUAUAAAUUGUAUGUAAUCAAUUUGUAUUGUAUAUGCAAAUGUAAUUAGUAUAUAUAAAAUAUUAUGUUUUAGAAUUUAUCUCAUAUGUGCAAAAAUUGUUUUAUUGAAUACACAUUUUUUAUAUGCUUUAUACAUUUGUAAUUUUAGUAGUACAAAACUGCUUAUAUAAUACUGCAAAUAAAAAAUAAAAUAUAUAAUAAACGCACAAAUAUACAAUUACAAAAAAAUGAUUCAUUUUAAAAUUUAAUAUAAUAUAUAUAGUGCAAUUAUAUAAUAUAUAAUAAUGUAUUAAUAAUUUUUAUAUUUUAUUCAUUAUUAAAUAUUUAAUUAUGUGAUUUUUAACAUUAAUAUUUUAUUGUCAAAAUUACAAUUUUAUUAUACAUUUUAUUAUUAAUUUGAGAAUUUGCAAAAUGGAUGUACAGUUCUCAUAUUAUAAAAAAAAGGCUAAGUGAGAAAUUAUAUAUUUCAAUAUGUAAAUUACAAAAUACUAGGCUUAUAAUAAAAUUUAGUUAUAAAAUAAAACUAUGAAACUAUGAAAUAUUCGACUGUUGUAAAACUUGUGUGCCAUGGCAUAUUAUUUCUUUUAUUCAGACUACACUUAUUGCACAGAUGAGUCUGAAUAUUUGGAAAUACAUGUUGUUAUUUGUCUCAACGGAUAUAAUAAAUGAUACUACUAGAAAUAGAAAUAAUUAUAUUUACUAAACUCUAAAUUGUUUAUAUUUACUUUUUUAAAAAAUAAUUAUGUUUAGAAAUAAUUAUAUUUCGUAUAUAUGAUAACAUCUUAAUUUUUCAUAAGGAGUUUAAGUUAGAUUAAUUUUCAAAGAUUCAUUCUUUUUUCAAGUGCAAGUUUUAAAAAAUUCUUUAUAUAAAUAAAUGAGGCAAUAACAUUAUAAAAUUCAUUAAAAUUUUUAAUCAAGUAUAUAUAUAUAUAUAUAUAGAUAUGUUUAAAUUAUAAUUAUAAUAAUUAGAAGAUCAAAUAUAUUAAUUAUUAUAACACAUUUAAAACUAAUUAUGUAUUACAAAUCCUAAAAUUAUGUUAUAAAUAUUUUUUAAAACUGACUUGUGAAAAUUUAGUUAUAUUCCUUUAUUUUAUAUGUAUAUGCAUGUAUAUGUACAUACAUACAUAUAUAUAUAUAUAUAUAUAUAUAUAUAUAUAUAUAUAUAUAUGUAUGUAUGUAUAUGUGUAUUUAUUUGGUUAGAUAUAUUGUGUAUACACACACACACACACACACACAUACACACAAAAUGUAAUAUUUAGUUUUUGAUUAUUACAUAAAUGAAUAUAUGAUAAUGACAGAAUUGUUUCAAGUUUAUUGUAUAAAAUUUGAAAAUAUGUUUUGAAAUAUAGUGCCUCUUUAGUUGCAAAAAUUUGAAUGAAAGUCAGAAUACUGUCCAAUAUGUUAAAAAGAAUGAUUUUGAUAACUUAAAUAUAAGUCUGACCAUAGUUUAUAAUAUAUUGCACAAAAUACGUGAUUAAUAAUAUGAACUUUUAUAAAAAGAAAAAACAUGUAAACGUAUAAGAAUAAAAAAGAGUUCAUAAGUAUUCAAUAAUAAAAAUGAAUAUGACGCAUGAAAUAAAUGUUGCAACUAUGUAAGUAAUACAGUGUAAUCGUAAGUUUAACAGAUAAAAAAUUAAAUUGAGCACUAAUACUAUAAUAGAAAAUUGCUUUUUAAAUUUUGUUUUUAUCUGUUACAUAUAUAUUGAAUUUAUAAAAACAUGUAAUAUUACAUUAGCAAUUGCAUUAAAAAUUAUAUCAAAUGACUUUGUAUAUUUUAUUGAAUCUUAAUAUUGCGAAAAUAAUAAAAUGAUUUGUUUAUUAAAUUAAAUAAAUUAAUGACAAUAAGUUUA